GGAAUAGAUCAAUUGAAUAAUUAAUCUGUCGACUUUUUUUUUCAGCCUUAAUUUAAAGAAAGACUUCAUCAUCAGGUCUUUUUGUUUUAUUGGAACAAAAUUUCUGCUGGAUUUGAUCAUCUAUUUUUAAGACCGUCGCUUGUUUGAUCUGUAGAAUACUUCAUUUAAGUAUGUCAAGGUCAUACAGUCAAGCAGCUCGAAAAGCUUUGAGUGAGAAAGAGCAGGAGAAAGAGCGUGAGGAAGAGCGUGAGGAAGAGCGUGAGGAAGAGCGUAAGAAGGAGUUGUAUAGUAAAGGGUGCGUUGCCCAGUGUAUCAACUUUGUUGUCGGUAAAGCAAGUAAAGAAGUCAAUGUCUUGGAUGUAGAGGAGAAAUUUUCCCGCAAUUUAGCAACAAUACUUGCAAGGGAUAAUGAG